CCUACUGGUGUAAAUCAGGAGUAAGUGAAAAUCAACAGAGUCACGCUUCUGCAUCAGAUCAGAUUACAAAAAGAGCAAGGUCCUGAGCUCAGAUGCAGUGGGAUGAUGUGAAGCAUGACAGCUACCAGGAGACAGAAGAGGGUGCGUUGGCCUCACAUUCCUGUGUGAAUCAUCAUGGCAUUUUUUCUUUCCAAAGUUUCAGCUGCAUGGAGGAAAAAUCAGUUUGAACAAGAGAGACAGAGCUUACGUAUAUUCUUCCUGCCUGCACCAGAGCAAGGGGUGAAAACAGAGGAACGUGGAGAGGAAGGGGACUGCAGUCUGCAUUUUAUCCAUGAGGGCCCAUCCCCACUGUGUGGGAAGCUAGGUGGCUCUUCGUGGGACUGAUCUUCAUUAAGCAGACUGUAUGUAUACAUCAUGUGAAACCAAGACAGAGUUUUUAGCUCCUUAAACAAAGACCUUUAGCACUGGAGCUGAGGGAAAAUGCUCCUGACCAAGAGCCAAACUGGAGGCUAAAUUGGAACAAAUGCAUCCUACGGAAACUGCUCCUGGUGCAGCCCUGCUGGUAGGACACUGCAGAAACCUUAGCUGACUCCAGGCAGGUCAAUGGCUUCUACUGUUGUAGCAGAAAAGAAAAAAUGCUGAAGCAUGUGCCCCGAGACAUGAUGCAGAAAGAGAUGAAGCAUUUUUCCCCACAUUUGCAUGGAGUUAUGCAUGUGUUUGCUGUGCAGAGUCCAUUAUGCUGGCAAAAAGUAUAUUCUGAACCAGGCAGGGCCUUGCCCAUUGCUGUGGAGUGGACAAAGCAGAAGGAUCCAGCCCCAGAAGAAUAUCACCACUAAUGGCAUUUCAGUUUCAUCUCCUCUGAAUAAAUGAAGAAAGUGACUAUGAAAGCACAGCAUCUACCUUCUGUUGCCAUCAAUGAGGAGAAGUUUAUAACCAGAGAGCAGCUCAGUUCUCUCCUGAAGACCUAUAACUCUUACUAUUCUGAUCAAGAAAAUCUGCAACUGUCACUUAAUCAGCGAGAAGGAAGCGUACCAUUUAUUGAAGGAAUCUUGUCAAUAUUUUGGGGACUCCGAUAUCCUAUCCGAUUAAAAAUUCAUGAUGAGAAGCAGAUACCCUCUUUUGUAACCCUAAAGUCAACAGAGAAUGUGGGUUUGUUCCCUGGUAGAAGCGGAAUGACACGCUGGGGAGAAUUUGAUGAUCUACAUCGUAUUAGUGGGGAGACACUGAAAUCUAAUGAAGAAAAGCUGAACCCUGAGAAAAGUUAUUCAUGUUACGAAAGCAGCACUCUGAAGUCGAAGAGCGAGCAGGAACAUGACUGUACUACCCUGCCCAGGGCGGUCAGCGAUGCUGCAGCUGUCAGGAAGAGGACCAAGUUCCCCUUGAUAGCAAGAACAGAAGUGGAAACGCACAGGUUUUCUAUUAAUGGCCACUUCUACAACUAUGAGACAUCAGUUUUUACUCCAGCUUUUGGAUCAGAAACCAAAAUACGAAUUAACAGCUAUAUGAGAACAAGAGAAGUAAUAGAACAAUUGCUUCGAAAGUUCAAGAUAGAAAACAGUCCGCAUGAAUUUGCACUUUAUAUUAUCCAUGCAUCUGGAGAGAAGAAGCAGCUGAGGAGUGGAGACGUUCCCUUAGUGCACAGACUUUUGCAGGGGCCCUCGGAGAAGAUUGCCAAGUUUUUUCUCAUGGACAGGGAUGUGGAAGAGGUCAGCGGCGAUGUUGCUCAGUAUAUUCAAUUUCAUCUUCCAUUUUUGGAAUCAAUCCUGCACAGAAUAAAUGAAGAAGAAGAACAGGAAAUUCAACAAACAAUUGCAAAAUACCUUAAAGAGAAGCAAUUGAUAAGACAGCACCUUCAAAAUCGAACUGUUAAAAAAACAGAGACUACUGUUUGAUGUGCGUGGCGUAUUGCGAAUACCACCCACUGCUGUUGGCAAAGGAAAGUCUGUGUGCUUUCUUGAAUGUGCCAUGACUGAAGAAGACACAGAGCACACGGGUGUGCAGUGUUUCUUUAGACAAUCAUGCAACUGAAACUGCAUAUGCUCCAGUAUGGCUCUGGAAUACAAGUUGGGAACCACCCAAGAUGCACUAAAUUGUCCAAAAGGCAAAUGCUGAAUCUAACUUGAAACUUCAGAUAGGGAAAAAAUCCCAUCCUGGAAAGCACAAGGCUUUACCACCUAGUAAUUUCCAAAUCAUUGCUGAGAGUCUAGUAUAUAUGCAAAGUGUUGCAGUAACUAAUCUGCUAAUCAUAACAAAAAAAAAAAAAAGAAAAAAAUGAAAAUAGUGAAAAAUUAAAAUGGCUUUCCUUCUAUUACAGAAAUGUUAAAUUUUAUUAGGAGGAAGCCGUUCAGUAGAGUUAAAUGGCAAAAGGUAUUUAUGUAUCCAAGAUUGCAGCUAGGCAUUUCACAGCUUACAAAAACACCUACACAAGAGAGACCUGAUAGUCCCCUGGCUUCAUAUUGGUAGAUUCCUAACUCAUAUAACCUUUGAGCACAAGUUUUAAAAAUACGAAGAGAAGCUCUCCCAAUUUAUUGGUACUCAGCUCUUAAAUGUAUGAGUGAAUGUAUCUCUGGUGUCCAUCUUAAGCUGCAGAGUAAGAUCUCUCACUAAGUGCUGUGGUAUCUGCUUGACUGGGUGCUGGAAUGUACCCUAGCGUUUUUUUUUUUGAUGAGACAAAGUAUUCCAUGUUAUUUCCUGUGUUUUGAUUCAAAGAUAGAAAGGAAAAGAGUUCAGUGAGAGAGGCUGAAUGUCACAGCUAUGAUAGGCUGGGGUUGGCAUCUUUCUGCAGAUGCAAUUUGUGGACUGUCUGGUUGUUGCUCAAGCAUACAGCAGUCACCUGUUGGGUCCUGUCUGUUCGAGUCAUGCUGAAUGGUAAAGUUCAAAUUGUAGAGGUGUAAAUAAAAUCCAAUUUGUGCACAA